AAGUGAAUCACAAUGCUGUAAUUGCAGUGUGAUGUGAAAGGGCUACUGUACUCCACCCCAGAUGGGGGUCUACACUGAAGGAAAAUUGUGCUGAAUAACGGGAUGUGUACAAUGGAAAGAGGGAUGGUUGCCUUCCUUUCUGCAUAUGACUAUCCUACAUUUACUGACAUCAUAUGUCACAUUACUGCUGCUAUGUAUAGUUUGCAUUACACAAAAGCUUUGUUACCCAAUGUGCAUGCAAGAGUGUGUAGGUAUGUUUGUAUAUGUACGUUAAGUUGGCAGGUGACUUUUGACACAGACACAUGCAUGUGGUGAAGUUCAGAUAUUUAUUUUGACAGUCCCAGUGCACUGUUCCCUGAAAGUCAAACAGUACAGGCAGCAAUAUUAAUUGCCUGGCCUGCAUAUACGAACCAUAAACAUAGCAAUAUGUAGAAUGGGUGGAUCCAAAUUAGAUAUAUGUUCCCCUUGCUAUCAAAUUAAAUCUUUAAAAUAUUUUUGUAAUCCUCCUUAUACAUUUCCGAAGAAUAUUACCCUAGAAUGCACACUUGUCAUAGAAAAGUGCACAAAGAGCAAUAUCGUAGCUACAAUGGUGAGUGGAGAUCUUUGAGAUGCCAGGGAAAAGGAAAGAGGAAAACCCUAUAUGUUCCCAACCUGUUUAAAAUUAUGUACCUGGAUUUCCCAAGGGUUCUUUCCCAGUGUGUGUGUGUGAGAGAGAGCAUGGCGUAGUGUUUUGAACAUUGGAGUACCACUCUGAAGGCCAGUUUGACUCCUAACUUAUCCAUGAAACCUACUGGGUGACCUUGAGUGAGUGAGAAAACCCCAUUAUAGCUUUGCUUUAAGGUAGCCAUAAGUAAGAAAUGAUUUGAAGGCACAGAAAGCUUCAAGAGAGAAAUGCUCUAUCUCAAAGUUAGCAAACCAGUUCUGGCAAUUUUUUCUAUAACAGAAUCAACCCCGCCUUGAAAAGAGAAUUCAAUAAUUGCAAUUCUUUCUUCAUAUAGUUUGAAGCUUGAAGGAGGUUCACACACUAUACAACCCGCCAAAGGGUUGAAUGAUUGAAUCACUUGAAUGAUUGACCAGCUAUAGCAGGUGAAAGUUGUCCACCUGCUUUUGUACAAGAAUACAAACACACAUGCAGCCGAUUUCUGGGGCAUAAACAAACUUCAGGAAGAAAGAAACACAGGGAAGAAAUCUAUGUGUAAGAGCAAGACAUGAAGCUGGCAGCAGGUGAUGGAUUUUGAAACAGAUGAGGACUCCAAAUCUAUCAAGCACUCGACACUUGUAGAUAUUAAUGGAGUCCCUUUACUCAGUGCUAUGAUCAAUGGCUGGGACCCCAUCUGGAACUUCAAGGCUCGGCCUGAUGACCUUCUCAUUUGCACAUACCCCAAAGCAGGAACCACUUGGAUACAGGAAAUUGUGGACAUGAUCCAGCAUGGAGGGGAUCUGCAGAAAUGUGCUCGGGCCCCCAUCCAUGAGCGAAUGCCCUUCAUAGAUUUGUACUAUUCUAAAUUCAAUCUGUCAGGUGUUGAAGAAGCCAAUGCAAUGGCCUCUCCACGCACCCUUAAGUCUCACCUCCCAGUCCAGCUCUUGCCUCCUUCUUUCUGGGAGCAAAAGUCCAAGAUUAUUUAUGUGGCUAGGAAUGCCAAGGACAAUGUGGUCUCUUACUUCCACUUCCACCGGAUGGCCCUGGCGAUGCCUGAGCCUGGAACAUGGGAAGAGUUUCUGGAGAAUUUCAUGGCUGGGAAAGUUACCUGGGGUUCCUGGUUUGACCAUGUUCGUGGCUGGUGGGAGGCCAAGGACCAUCACCCAAUUCUCUAUCUUUUUUAUGAAGACAUGAAAAAGAACCCAGGUCAGGAAAUCCAGAAAGUUGCCGAGUUCCUGGAUGUACAGCUCCCAGAAUCAGUUCUGAAUCAAAUUUUUCAGCACACAGAAUUUGAGUGCAUGAAAGCAAAUCCAAUGACUAACUAUACCAUGAUGCCUUCCAUCUUCUUGGAUCAUACUAUAUCCCCCUUUAUGAGAAAAGGCACGGUAGGAAACUGGAAGGAGCACUUCACGGUGGCUCAAAGUGAACGCCUGGAUGACCUCUGUGCCCAGUUAUUGAAAGGCAGUGGCCUGACUUUCCGCACAGAGCUGUAGCAUAGUUGUGUGCUUCAGACAAGCAUUUUUAUCUACACAGACCAGGAAUUUCAAUUUUAUUGCAUAUUGCAUAUAAGUAAUAAAGAAACUCUAAAAGAAAGAACCAGCAA